GAAGAAUCUGACCGGAACCGGAAGAAAUUCCCAUGACAAUUUCCUGUUUUAGCAAAACAAACCACACUUCACGCAGUGACGUGGCUAGCAGGGCAAAAUCCAUCUGCUAGAGGUGUGGAACAUUUCUACGCACGAGACAGGGAUGUUUUAAGAUGUCGGACAGCGAAGCACAGAAGGAAUUGGAGGGGCAGUCGGAAGGGCAGGAGAUGGAACCCCAGCGGACACCAUCUCCGGUGCCUGACAGCCCCCCAGAGACGCCCGAAAAUGACACCGACGUGGCGCCGGUCCGGAAGACCCGAAAAAGACCAGAGAACAAGCCUGUUCCUGAACCUAAGGAGGAGGCCCCAGAGGUCAGGAAAACUGAGGAUGAUUCUACAAAGAAGUCCAGUGAGCCGGCGGUUGCUCAGGGAGGGUGGGGCUACUGGGGGAGCUGGGGCAAGUCCAUCAUGUCCACUGCCACUGCCACAGUGGCCUCUGUAGGUCAGGGCAUAUCCCAGGCGAUUGAGAAAGCAGAGACCUCGCUCGGGAUCCCCAGCCCCGUGGAUCUGUCCACGCAGGUCAGAGAAGAGGAGAGCGAGGAUGGCAGCCCCAAAAGUGAGAAGGAAGGCGAAACCGAUGGCCCACCGUCCCUGGGGGGGGCGAUGGGAAUGUUGUCAUCGUUCUCCAGUGUCGUCCAGAGCACCGGCAAAACGGUUAUUACCGGUGGCUUGGAUGCUCUGGAGUUCAUUGGGAAAAAGACCAUGGAUGUCAUUGCGGAAGGAGAUCCGGGGUUUAAAAAAACGAAGGGACUGAUGAUCAGAACAUCCACUCUAUCACAGGUUUUAAGGGAAGCUAAAGAACGGGAGGAGAAGCAGACGGCGGAGGAGGUCUCCUCGGACGCGGAGAAGAAGGCCCAUUACGGAAUGCUGUUUGACGAGUACCAGGGCUUAUCUCACCUGGAGGCCCUGGAGAUCCUGUCCAGAGAGAGCGAGGCCAAGGUGAAGUCCGUUCUGACCGCCAUGUCCGGGGAGGAGCUGGCCCGGCUGAAGGAGGAGCUGGAGCAGAUCAAGGCGCCCUUCUCCCUGGUGGAGUUCGACGAGGAGGAGCUGGAGGAGAAGAAAGAUGAUGGCGGGACAGAGUUUGUGAAGGAACUGUCCGACAUGCUGGCAGACCUGCACUUAUCCACAAACGCGGACAAACUCGGCCGGUCCAUAAAGAAGGCUUACGACAGCAUUGGCGAAAUGAGCAGACCAGCAGAAGGCUUGAAACAGGAAGGGGAGGAGCCAGAAGAGGAAGUCCAGGACAAAGUGGAAGAGGUGAAACCGUGCACUGUUGAGGACAUCCACUCCUCAGCAAUCAGGAGUCUGGCGGAGCUGACGGCCAGAUCGAUAGAGCAGUUUCACAAAGUGGCAGAACUUAUCCUUCACUGCGAGCGCCAAGAGACGACCGCUCUGGAACAGGCCAAAUCCCUGGCACAGAUCACUAUUGUUUUGUGCAGAGAGAUGUCACUCCUGUCCAAGAGGUUCACUUCUUGUUUAACCACUGUAGGGUCGACUGAAAAGGGAGAUGUCCUUAACCCAUUAAUAACAGGCGUGUUUUUGGAGGCUUCCAACAGUGCGUCCUACAUUCAGGAUGCGUACCAGCUGCUGCUGCCAGUAUUAGAAGUCUCUCACAUUCAGAGGCGUGCAGACUCCACUGACCAAUGACAACGCUCGUGUGUGCCAACAAGGAACUUCAUCAAAGAGGAACGCCAUGUGUGAUGUCACCGACAUCUUUACACUUCCUUCCAGCUGACUUAUUUACUUUCAUGUAGACAAGUGAAGUGCUGAUAAAUAUGACUCGUGUUUUUUUUGUACAGUUCGUAGCGAAAGUGUUUUAAAAUGGCGGGAAAAAAGACUCUUCCAAAUUAAUUGCUUCCACACUACAUGAUUGUGUACAUCAUUUCAGGUUUAUUACUCCCCUCUUAAUACAAAUCCUAAUCUUGCAAAUACCGGUACUUUCUAUGGUGGAGCUUUUUAGAGAAAUUUUUCUAAAAUUAUUUUCAUAGAUUUCUUUCAUUAAUUUUGUAACUGUUGACAAGGACACGUUCUGCAGGUCACAUGCUAUUUCAGGUUUAAAAAAACCCAAAAUUUUUAUCACCUUAGGCUGAGGUCAUGAUGUGCAUUGUGACUAAAUAGUAACACAAUCAUUUUGAUGCUGGUCAAAACCUUCUGAUAACAUUCGCUUACCUCAUAGAGUGUACUUUCGUGGAAUAUUAGAAAGAUCUGCAAAUUAGCUCCUGGUCCUGUGUCACACCCCUGUCACGUCAGAUUAGACCAAGUCCAGAUUCAUAUUUUUAAAUAACUUGCACAACGUUGCUUGUUUGGGUUGAGAUUCAGCCCUUAGCCCUUGUAUUGCCUGGAGGUGUGUGUAAUGCUUCAGGUGUGGUUACCAGUUGCAUUUUCCGCCCACAUACAACUAACUUCUAACAGUACUGACCAACGCUGGUCAUGGUGCAUUUAUCAGUCAUUGAUUAUAGACGUGUGCAAAAUGCUGGUCUUAGCUGUAGGUCCCUGGCCAUACAUAUUUUGAUGAGUGCUACUUCUUACAAUUGAGCAUUGUCAUGUAAGUUUUAGUGGUGUUCAGUCCUUUGGUGAAUGCUUUAUUAAUUUCUCACACAUUGCUUAGAUGUACUGUUGAGAACACCUCAUAGUCACGGGCCAUUUGGACUGGAAGCCUUGCAGUUCCCUACAACGUGUAGUUGUAUUGUAAGUUGUCUUAUAAUAAGUAUACUUAUAUGUGGCAUUUUAAUGGGUAUAUCAUUAUAUUACGUAUUCCGUUGUUAUUGUUGAAUCUGGUUGUCAUGAGGCAGGUAUUACUGGUUUAAAAUAGCUUGUAAGUCCUUAUAAAAGGGUUAUAUUUUAUAUUUAUCCAAAACAAUGCAAAGAAAAUAUUUUUUGAUUUCUCAUGUAGUGACUAAAUUAUCACAACAUGAAAUUAUAGCCAUAUUGGAGAGAGGGAUUAAAUCAGCUAUUUUUAUGUCCUACAGUAUUAGCUUUUUGUGGACCCUUUCAAUUAUGUAACUGGCAAGUAUUUGUGUUUCUGAAUUAAACUUGUUUUUGUAAUAA